CUCCUCCAGAGGUUUUAUCAUGAAAGCUGAUCAGUACAUUUAUCAGAACAAACUUCCUCCUUCCAACCAGAAGAAACUCUGAGAUUAAUGAAGCUACAUGUCAUCAGAGUUAUUUUGGAUUAAAGACAUUUUCUAACAAUAAUUUACAUUAUUAAUAAAACUGAGGAGCAGGAUCUAUAUAUAGUUCAGUGUUUCAACAAUAAUUUGUUUCUUCAUAGUUUUGCAGCAAAUGUUUGAUAAUUAGCAGUAAAAUGAUCAGAACCAGGAGAUUCUUGUUUUUAUUAUUUUUACCGUUUGUGUGGGCUGAUAUUAAAGAAGAGUCUGAGACCAGCAAGUCCUGUGUUCUCAACCAGGACUGCAUUUUACCAUGUCGGUUCGAGAACGGGGUUACUGACAUGAGAUGGUUUCUAUAUAAAACAUCGUCUCUGAUUGUAUCAUAUAACCAAAGUGGCUCCAGAUACUCUGAGAGCUUCAGAUCCAGAGCGUCACUGUUUGAGGAUCAGAUCUCCAGAGGAAACGGCGACCUGCUGCUGAGAGGAGUGAAGGUUGAUGAUGAGGGAGAAUAUAGGUGUUAUGCAAACAUAAUUGGCAUCUAUGAUAGAUAUUAUGUUGACCUUGCAGUAGAAGCUCCAGUCUCUGACAUCAGAAUCCAUCAGGAUGGAAACAGGAUCACCUGCAGCUCAGAGGGGAUCUACCCUCAACCUGAACUCACCUGGUCCACUGAGCCUCCAUCCAACACGACUCUGCAGAACAGAACCACAGUCCAUCAGACUGAGGAGAAGCUUUAUGACAUCAGCAGCUCUCUGACGGUUCCAGACGGUUCUGAUCGGAUCUACAGCUGCACCAUCAGAACCAGGAGGAACCAGAGGAGAGCAACUUUAAAUAUUCCAGCCUCUGUGGAUUUCUCAGGAGCUGAAGUUACAAUCUGCUGCAACUCUUCAGAUUAUUAUGGAACCAGUUUGGUCUGGAGGUUCAACCACAGUCAGAUCAUCCUGACCAAGACUGACAGAAACAUCUCCAACAUCUCAGAGGAGUGGAGGAAACAUGUGAGGAAUGUUUCAGCGUCCGGCAGCCUCACCUUACAGGAUGUGACCUCAGAUCAGGAGGGAGUUUACAGCUGUGAGCUCAGUGGUGAUGAGGAGACGAUUAUAACUCACCUCUAUCUGAGGAGGACUGGAGAGAAUCUGGUGGUUCCUGAACUCAUCAGACGGACGGUGGUUUGUGUUGUGAUUGCAGCAGCAGCAGCUGGAUUCAUAAUGUUCUACAAGAAGAAAAUGGAGGAAAGUGAAGCUCUGCAGCUUUAACCCUUUCAUUCACAUUCAGAGAGUGAUUUUGUUUUAAUGCCAUUCUCACAUUUUACCCGUCAAGAUGAUUCAUAAGCUUUGAUGUAGUUUCACAAAAUGAUCAGCUCUUCAUAUUCUUCAGGUGAUUCUCAUGUUUGGAGACAUUUCUGUUUUUAUUUUUUUGAUGAUUUCAUCUCCUGUCCAGCAGGGGGCGCAGCUAAAUAUAUUCUUUAUAUUCUACCAGUUUCUCAUAAAUGGAUCAAUAAAAUGUUUAUCUCUGAAGAUUUU